CCUCCGCCGCUCUACCAACACAACACCUCCUCCUCCUCAACAUGUUUAAGCAGGUGGCCGCGAUCUUGCUGACAGUGGGUGUGGUUUUGGCCUUUCCAACAGAUCCCUACGGACAGCCUGUCUACAAGUCGGAACCCAUCCCAUACAACUACGCCUACGGUGUCAAGGACGACUACGCUGGCACUGACUUCGGCCACAACGAGAACUCCGACGGGUCCACGGCGAAGGGCUCAUACAAUGUUGCUCUCCCUGACGGCCGCAUACAAACAGUGAGCUACGUGGCUGACCACUACAACGGGUACCAGGCCCAGGUGAGCUACAAGGGCGAGGCCCAGUACCCACACCAGUACGGUCCAGCUGUCACCUUCAAGCCCCAGUACCAGCCCUCAUAUCAGCCUUCAUACCAGCCUCAACCCUCAUACCAAUAAAUGACGAUGUAACACUACUUCUAUGCUUUCCCCACCUAGUUCUGCAAUUUUGUUCUAUAAACUAUACUAAAAAAAUUUGAACUGAAAUUUACAAUGACAAUGUUUUAUAAUAAGACUGAGCUAUGAGAACAGAACUGAGGGAACUGGAUCUCAGCUCACACGAAGAAAUAUGGAGCAGGACAGACAUGAUAGCCAAGAACAGCAAAACGAAGACAGAUAAAACCUAAACA